GGGGGAAAAUGCAAAUCACUGCACCCGAGGGCCUUGGAGAGACGUGAGUCGCUGCAUCUGACUCGGUAAUAGGGGUCUUGGAUGGUUCCGGAUCACGCUGACUUGAUAUUGUUACUCGUGUAUCUUCGGAACCCAUGUGGCCAUGGUGAGUAUGUUCUUGUUGAUUGGUUCUUCGCUUCUCUAUUUCAUAAUCCCAUGGCGCAUUCGAAAUAUGGCCCACCAAGACGGCCCAUCACCCCACCCGGCCAACUCAGUCCUCUUCAGAAGAUAAGAGAACUAGACUCGGUUUCCUUCUUGACCCCUCUAAUUCCAUCUUCUCGUCGCACAAUCCGCUGUAAAUCACCAAAAUCCAUCAAAACUCGUGAACAUCGAACAAAAUGGGUUCCAUCGAUACCUCCAAGAAGCUGGAUCUCUUCAAUGGCUUCUACAAUACCAUCAACGGGAAGUCAACCACGACUGAGAAGACCCGACAUAGUAUCAACCCCGCCACAGGCAAACCCAAUCCAGAGGUGCCUGUUUCGACGCAAAAGGAUGUCGAUGAGGCUGUAGCCGCCGCAAAGGAGGCUUUCAAGACCUGGUCCAAGGUUCCCUGGGAGGAGCGAAAGAAGGCCAUCCUCGCCUUUUCCGACGCUCUUGAGGCACACGCUGAGGAUUUCGCCAAAAUGCUCACCAAGGAGCAAGGAAAGCCAAUCCAAUUUGCCACUGGUGAAGUCCAAACUGGUGUCACCUGGCUGAGGGAGCUCUCCAAGAUCGAGCUGAAGGAGGAAGUCGUUGAGGAAGAUGACCAGAAGCAGGUCAUCGUCCGAUACACCCCUCUUGGCGUGACUGUCGGUAUCGUGCCAUGGAACUUCCCUGUCCACUUGGCCUGCGGCAAGAUCGCCCCUUCGUUGCUCACUGGAAACCCAAUCAUCAUUAAACCAUCCCCUUUCACACCUUACUGUGACCUGAAGCUGGGCGAGCUUGGCCAGCAAUUCUUCCCACCGGGUGUUCUCCAAGUCCUGAGCGGCGACGACCAUCUCGGCCCAUGGCUCACAGCGCACCCUGGUCCAGACAAGGUCAGCUUCACUGGAUCGACCUUUACUGGUAAGAAGGUCAUGGAGAGCUGUGCAAAGACCCUAAAGAGAGUCACUCUCGAACUUGGUGGCAAGGACCCUGCGAUCGUUUGCAAGGACGUCAACAUUGAGGAGGUUGCUCCAAAGAUUGCUACCCUUGCUUUCCUCAACUCUGGCCAGAUCUGCUUGGCCAUUAAGCGUAUCUACGUGCACGAGGACAUUCACGAAAAAUUCCGAGACGCCAUGGUCAAGUUUACCAAGACUCUCAAGGUUGGCGAGGGUAACGAGGAAGGAGUGUUCCUAGGACCCAUCCAGAACUCGAUGCAAUACGAGAAGGUCAAGACUUUCUUCUCCGACAUUGAGAAGGAGAACUGGACUGUGGCUGUUGGUGGCAAGAACGAGGACAAGCCCGGCUACUUCAUCACUCCAACUAUCAUCGACAAGCCGGCCGACGACUCUAGAAUCGCCACUGAGGAGCCAUUCGGCCCUAUUGUUCCUCUGAUGACUUGGUCUGAUGAGGACGAUGUCGUUUCCCGUGCAAACAACACUAAGAUGGGUCUCGGGGCCUCGGUGUGGUCGAGUAACCUGGAUGAAGCCGCCCGCAUUGCUCGCCAGCUGGAUGCCGGAAGCGUCUGGGUCAAUACCCAUCUCGAGCUUGAUGCUCAUGCUCCAUUCGGUGGUCACAAAGAAAGUGGUGUCGGAUAUGAAUGGGGUGUUGGCGGUCUAAGAGCAUUCUGCAAUGCGCAGACUCUGUACCUCAAGAAGUAGUUCGGCAUUGUAGUAUAGCAUAGCACUCUCGCUGGAUGGUAGCAAAUACAGUAUAUCAUUGCCAUUCC